AUGUUGACUUCUCUCGCUGUUAUCGGAUGCAUUUCAUUUGUUCUAUAUCGUUUAAUAAAAUUCUGGAUACUUGAUCCGUGGUCUAUUCAUCGAUAUUUUUGGAAACAAGGCAUCCCGGGACAAUAUACACCAAUCGUUGGCAGUCUUCUCGAUCGUCGUCGAGCAUUUCUUGCUGAUGAUCCAUUGUCACAUGGUAGAAAAUUAGCAGAAAAAUACGGUGAUUAUUAUCAUAAUUCAUUUGGUCCAAAAGCUCAUCUUGUCAUAAGUGAUCCAUUGUUAAUCGAAGGAGUUGCGAAGGCAAAUGUCUAUUCGUAUCAUAAAUCGGCAGUAGGACAGACGAUCCUUGCAUCAUUACUUGGCUAUGGAAAUAUUCUAUUGGCCGAAGGUGAUGAUCACAAGCGACAUCGACGAUUGGUUGCACCUGUCUUUCAACAUCAGAAUAUCAAUUCAAUGCUUUCUCUCAUGGCACAGAUAACGAAUCGUUUCCUAGAAAAAUGGACAACAUUAAGUGAAAAUCGAGCUACAGAUGACCCGUUGACACUUGAUAUUCAUGAAGAACUGUCAGGACUUACAUUAGAUAUUGUAAUUGGAUGUAUUUUCGGUGCAGAGACUAUGGAAGAUAAGAAUGUUCAUGGAAUUAUCUUUCGAAACAUGAAUAUAGCUUUGAAGGAGAUGGAGAAACGAAUAUUUAAUAUGAUUGGUUUACUUCCAAUAGUUAAGGAUUUGCCAUUAGCUGGAAAACGACGUAUUGAUCAAGCGAGACAAGAGAUUCAACAGGUUGUUCAAAAUAUAAUCAAUCAACGAUUGAAAGGAUUGACAAAAUCGACAUGUAAAGGUUCAGACUUACUCGAUCUUCUUCUGGCAUCGAAAGGUGAUGAAAAAACACAAAAGCUUUCUCAAGAAGAAAUUUCCAAUGAGGCAAUUACAUUUGUUCUUGCUGGACAUGAAACAACAUCAACACUAAUGGCAUGGACACUUUAUAAUUUAGCAAAUCAUCCUAACAGUUAUCAACAAUGUCAAGCUGAAGUUGAUUCGAUUCUUCUUAAUGACGAACUAAAUAUCUCCACUAUUUCUCUAUUGACUUAUACAGAAAUGGUCUUGAAAGAAUCAUUACGGACUCAUCAACCUGUGGCAGUUAUGCUUCGUACAGCCGUUGAAGAUAAUACAAUCGUAGCAAGCGAUGGAAAACCAAUUCACAUAAGAAAAGGAACUGAUAUUGAAAUUAAUUUGAAUGUUUUACAUCGAUCGGAAAAAUAUUGGCACGAACCGAAUAAGUUUAAUCCAUCGAGAUUCGAGGAACGUGGUGCAGAUAAGUUAUUAGCUUUUAAUAUAGGACCUCGAUCUUGUAUUGGUCAGAAUUUUGCGAUGUUAGAAGCCAAAAUUAUGUUAGCAUUGAUUAUCAAACAUUUUCAUUUUGAGCUUGUACCUGGACAAAAAUUUACACCUGAUGUGGCCGUUACAAUUAGACCGAAAUAUGGUAUGUGGAUGCGCAUUUGGCCGCGUAAGUAA